AUGGAAAUGGACGAUACGGAGGACCCUUUCCCCAGCACACUUCCAAGAUGGUUCUCCUCAGAAAAUAAGAUUGAAAACAUCACAGAUGUAUUUACUUUUGUCAAAAAGUUGGGUCAAGGUGUCUAUGGUGAUGUAUUCAUGUGCAAUCUCCGGGAUAAUCCCGAUAAAAAGUUUGCCAUCAAGCGUGUACGCCAGACCAAUUCUCCUGUUGGUAAUAUUUUCGGUCUGGAGCAGAACAUCAUUAAGGAGUUACAUGCUCUUUCAUGUUUCAGCAAGUCUCACGUAAACAUUGUCAAGCUUUAUGAUUAUUGCUCUGCUGUGGAGAAAUACAUGUCUCCAAAUAUAAAAUCCCCCUUGGAAACAUCAAAAGACGACAAUAAGACAUGUAUCGUAUUCUAUUUCAUAUUUGAGCUGUGUGAUAUGGAUCUGCAUAAAUUAAUUAAAAAUAAAUUCUCCCGCUACUUGCCCUUCGAAAAUGACCUAUUUAAUAGCUUAAUUAAGACACACGAGGGGGAGUAUAUGAUGCAUGACAUUAUAAAUCAUUCGACAAAAGUAUUUCUCAAAAACAAUAAGUUGACAAACAGUUUGCCUUUGCCAGGAUUCAGUGAAAUGGACACAAAAAUUAUCGCAUACCAAAUACUUAAAGGGCUAGUCUUCCUGCAUUCGGAACGGAUUAUACACAGGGAUAUCAAGCCUCAAAACAUUCUACUCAAAGAAAUCAAACUAGAAGGAGUUGAUAAUGUACAGUAUGAAGUAAAAUUAGCAGAUUUUGGACUGUCGACAAUUAUGCCUCCUAAGCACGUCAAACCCAUGACGGAAGAGGUUGUAACUCUGUUAUAUCGGCCUCCGGAGCUUUUACUGGGGAAUUGUGUAUAUACAACAGCUAUAGACGUAUGGUCUGCUGCAGUUACAAUAGGGGAGUGUAUAUUGGGGAAGCCUAUGUUUAGAGGAAGGACUGAAUUUGGCGUUCUAAUGCGCAUAUUCAGCCUAAUUGGCCACCCAAGUGAUGAAGAUCUAAACAAUCAAUUGACACUUCUGAAGCAUUACAAUGACAAAUUCCCCAAGGUAAUUCGGGACAAAAAACGAACCUUUAAACUCUUCUUCACAGAUAAGUUUGGUAGGUGUCUACUCAGUACACAAGGACUAGAUCUUAUGAAAAAAAUGCUGGAAUUCAACCCAUCCAAGCGUAUAACAGCUCUAGAGGCGCUUAAGCAUCCAUGGUUUGAUAAUGUGCAUGAAAACCUCCCCAAAAGUGUACAAAAAUCAGAAAAUUUGUACAAAUUACACUCAACAUACCCACUAAAUGUGCCUGAUAAUCUGGAUUUUAUCAGUAAUAAACCGAUGAAUAGCUCUGGCUUGGGAUAUGAUUUGAGCGCAGGUGACAUAUGCGCUGACAGCAUAACUUACCAGUACUCCGCUGUUUAA